AUGAGCUUUUUAGGGACCCCAACAAUAUUCCUCCAUGGUCAGGCUGCAAACAAGUUCAUCUACACCUGUGAUGGUACUGUGCUUGCUAAUCAGCAGCCAUCAUCGAUAAGAAGGCUUUGCGGUGAGAGGAAUAUUAUGGAACUGAGUGGCAGUGAGCACAAGCGUGUGAGAGGAUCUCUUGUAUCGUUUUUAAAGCCCGAAGUAUUGAAGCAAUAUGUUGGUAAGAUGGAUGAAGAAAUCAGAAAGCAUUUCGAGGUGCAUUGGCAUGGCAAGGAGAAGGUUUUGGUAGGCAAUGCCAUUGAUGAAGACUCUUACCUUCAACAUUAUGAGCUCUCUGAUAUUUGGAAUAGAGCAAAGUGCAAAAAGAAGCAUACUCGUAGAGCUCUUCCAACAACUGGUGAAGGGUGUCCUUUCAAACAAGAGGAGAUUGCCAAGAGUAAGGCCUCUGGUGAGCUUUUAACCUGGGAUGACCUUGCAAGAAUGAAAUACACAUGGAGAGCAGCUAUGGAGUGUCUAAGGAUGACCCCUCCUGCGUUUUGUUCCUUCAGGAAGGUAAUCUGGGCAGCCUGCAUGACACACAUGGAUGACUGUAUCUUCCCAAACCCAUCAGAGUUUGAUCCGAAACAUUUCGACAAACAGGCAUCCGUCCCGCCAUAUAAUUUCUUGGCAUUCGGAGGAGGACCCCGAAUAUGUCCUGGGUAUGAAUUUGCAAGACUUGAAACUCUGAUCACAAUACAUUACCUGGUGAACAGGUUCACAUGGAAGCUAUGUCACCCAAACAUUUCCUUUUCAAGGGAUCCGUUGCCAACUCUCAAGGAUGGACUGGAGAUAGAAAUUGAGCCGAAGAUCCCUGCCAAGGUCAACUAA